AUGAAUGGAAUUAAGCGACUCAAUCACAAGGUUCAGUUUAACGGCGAGCGUGACGCAGCUGACGCCAUCAAACGUGACAUCAUCGACAUUUUACGCCAGACACAAGUAUCGUCUAACACCUUCCACCUGGGAGACUAUGGCGUGGCGGACGUGUCCAUCUCCAUGGACCUCAUACGGGCGAUCAUUGGAGAAAUCCGCUGUCUCCAUGGUCGUGAUCUAGAGAUCAGUGUUCUGUAUGAGGAUACCUACAAGAAUGACUACAACUCACUCUUCCACAAACUGCAUGGCCCCGUGUGUGAACCCCUAAGCUACAUCGGGGACGACACGUGCCUCUUCACAUCAGCAUGCGCCACCAACUUCUACAAGCAGUGUGUGCCGUCCCAGUCCAUGGACAUGAUUCUGUGUUUCAUAGCGCUGCACUGGCUCUCCAGCCCUGUUGACCUCAAUGGCUACGUGACCUCCAACCUAUUUCUGAACACAAUGGCCAGGAACGCUGCAAUGAAAAUCGCAGCUGAUGACUGGACGACCUUCCUUCACUGUAGGGCGCGGGAACUCAAGAAAGGCGGCCAUCUUGUCUGCUCCAUCCCCAUCCACGACCCCGAGUUCCUCAACGGUAACGGCGUGUCCUCCGCAGACGGCCUCUGUACAGUCUUCAACGUGAUGCUCCGGACGUACUGGCGCCAGGGGAAGAUAUCCGAGGUGGAGAUGAAGAAAGCCGUAUUGAAAGAAUACUUCCGAACAGUUAAAGAAAUCAGACAACCUUUUGACAACCUGUCAUCGCCCAUCGUAACAGCUGGACUAAAGCUGUCCCGACUUGACGUCAAGCAGAUAGAAUGUCAACACAAGACCACCUGGAGGCAGAGGCUCGUGGAAGACGGAAUCGAUGACCGUGAAAGGUUUGCCAAUAGUAUAGGAGAGAUGGUUCGUGUAUGGACACACGGCACAAUGGAGUCUGCUCUGGCAACGACCAGAAGAGCUGCCGAGAAAGACGACCUCCUUGACGACUUCUACUCUGACCUGAAACACCAUCUACUUGACUACAACCCAGACACAUUUAACAGCGAAUACCUGCUAGCUUAUGUAUUUAUUGAGAAAGUAUGA